AUGGCGCACCGCGGCUCGUCUCUCAUCCGCCGCGCAGCCGCGUCGUUCUCCACCGCCGCAUUUCACGGAUCGCGUCCCCGCCGUCCCUUCGCGAGCUCCGCCUUCGCCAGGACGAUGUCAUCGUCCAUGGGCUACGACGAGUUCGCCUCCGAGGUGGCUCGCGCCACCGCCGGCGACGCCACGAGGGACGACCAGGCGCACUGGUCCGAUCUCCUCGCCAAGGUGGAGACGCGCUGCGACGAGUGGCGGCAUCCCAUGGCGCCCAUCUCCUUCUGGCUCCUCAAGCACAAGGACGCGCCGAGAGACGUGGCGUACGACCCAUCGUCCGACGCGCUCGCCGACGAUCCGAACGGCCCGAACAAGGACGUCAUCGCCAUGCUGAUCCAGAUGGCUGACGCCCUCUACGGCCUCCGAGGGUGCACGCGAGGCGUCGCCCCGCGCCACGCGAUCCCGCUCAUCAAGGCGGCCGCGAAGAAGCACAACUCGUCCAAGUACAUCACCGAGCCGCACGCGGGCGCGCUCGUCGCGCUCCCGGGCCUCUGCGAGUGGGUCCGAGCGGGCGAGCGGUGGGACGACCCGUCGGUCGAUUGCGACGACGUCGCGAGGGAGGCGGCCAAGGCGGUGGCGCUCGGUGUGCCGAGGCCGGGGCACAGCGUCCUGGGCCACGGCACGUUCGGCGCCGCGGAGCCGUGCUGGGUGCAGCUCGCCGCCAAGUAUGAGGAGGGCAACGGGGACGUUCAGGCGGAGAAGGCGGCGUACGAACGCGCGCUCGUCGGACGGAGCGGCGGCGAGGGUGGGGAAAAAGCCAAAAAGGCAAAAUGGACGUGGCGCGUGAAACACAUGGCGGACGGCGACGCGGAGUACAUCGCGGAGGCUGGAGGCGCCAUGCUCAUCUUCAACGGUGACGAAGAGUGA